ACGCAAGGCGCGGAUGCACUUUGAAGAGUACAUUCUGCCGGUCUUUGUGGCCGGGGCGCUGGACUACGAGCUGACUCUGGUGAACGAUACUGAGACUGUUGAUGACAUUGAGAAGGUGGUGCGUGGAGGAGUGCAUUCGCGGAUCGCUGAGGAGAUCAAGGAGAGACGCCGCAAGCAUCUGGAGGAGACCGACGAGACGGGCGUGCUGAGAAUGUGGCGGGAGACGAUCGACGAGCGGACCAAGGAGAACAAGCAGAGGGACGCAAGGAAUAGGCGCGGCGAGAAUCCGGGAGAGGCCCUGCCGGAGCUGGGCAAGUGGAAGCCGGAACCGUAUCCAGGAAUCAUGGAUGUGGUGGCCAUUGGCCGAGAGACGUGGGUGGAGGUAGUCAAUGGCAUCAGCGAGGGCGCUGUCGGGUCGCUCAACCGCACUGUGCCGCCGCUGGUCAAGGUCAAGGCCGAGGAGCAGGAGGCAGUGCAGGUCCGCUGAGGAGCGCCGCAUCGAUACUACACCUGUCGUACAAGGCGAGGGCAGCGAGGCUGUGCAGGUGACAGACACAGCGGGCGCCAUUGUCGCCACUAGUGACAUCGCUCCCACCCCGGUGUCACCGCCGGAACCUGCGCCUGUCUUUGUCAGAUACGACGAGUAUGUCAAGCAAGAGCCGAUGGCGGAGCUGCCAGCGGCGGCCUACAUCUCGCACAUGAACCUGACCGGCUGGGGCAGCGUGCCGCUCAAGAUCUGGAACUUCUUCCACGACCAGCAGAACGUCGACAAGUACGCGAGCCAGGCGCUGCAGGUGGUGUUUGAGAGCACUCGGAGACGCACAACCAAGCAGGAAUUGGAGAUGAUGGGAAGCGCCGAGGAGGGGCUGGAGGCUUGGGAAGGUCAGCACAUGGAUGUUGUUGUCGAGGACAAGGUGGCCGAUUCAUUGGUGAUAUACGACACACAGGCCGACAAUGCCCCGUUCAAGAGCAAUGGACGAGAUAGCAAGUGGGAAAUAUAUAUUGGCAGAAUUGCCUGGCCUCUUGUUGGCCAGCUCUCGACGUCAUGUCGGGGUUGCUCCACCAGGGAGAGCACCGAAAAGGCAUAUUGCAGAGUGGCUAUGGUGGUCCAAUAUGCGCCAGUGCAGCAGGCGCGAAGUAGCAGGCGCGAAAUAGCAGGCAGCGCUCGUGCUAUUGGUGCGGGCAGAGGUCAAUCUCUGUGUACCAGGUGCAAUCUCACAUCGGCUAUUACGAUCUGGAAAAUCUCGAUGAGGUGCACUCGCUUUUCCUUUUUUUGCUCCUUCUUUCUCGUUCCGUCUUUUGCCCUUCCAGCCAAUAUUUUUCAGCACUUUUACUGCUUUUUAUUUUUCGAAAGUACAUUUUCGCCCGCGCAUUCUUCAUACACAUCCCGCAGCAACACAAAUGGACCUGAACCUUGUGUGCGGACCAGGUUCAAACAAGGCCCCGCAUGAGCUGGGCCCAGUGACUGCAAGGUACACUCGCCGGCUGGCUCUGACCAGCCGCCAAUGGUGCUGCCCACGAUUCGUGAGCUGGAAACCAUCCGCAUAUCGCUAGGCACAGGGGCUGCAUCGUCCAUAGCGGAGGCCCCUGCCGCCACCACAACCUCCACCACAACAAUAGCAGCCUGCACCGCAACAGUGACUGCCCACGGCCAACCGCCGGGCGCU